AAAGGAAGCCUCACCUGCCAAGGAACGGUCAAUUGGGCGCGAGCCUUGUCACAUAACACUCGACGAGGCUGUGUGACUUUCCGACGAGGCUGAAAGUCACAACCUGUGCAUGUAAAAAACCCACCCUCUAUCUGGGCAAAUAGGUAUUCUCGUCGCACUUGAUCUCCUACAUUCUCUGAGGCUGCCCGUUCACUACCGCAUUUUCCUCUCCCAAGUCUGAUGCCACCACCUCGACUCCAACCCACGAUACCCGCAACCUUCACAGCCAAAAAGUCCGAGAUUCUCUCGAUACUGGGACGUUCGGAGGAUAACUACGCGGACCAGUCUCCUAAGGGCACUGUCGACGAGCAGAUCCGGGAUCUGAUCGAUGAGGUCAAUGCAUACGAUGGCCUCGUGACCACCAGCAGCUGUGCCGGUAGGGUCGCAGUCUUUGUGGAGGGACCAAAGUCCAAUGGACAAGACCGACCGCAACCUGACGAUGCGCCGAGCGAUCAGUCUGAGUUCGAUGGCCGAGCAGAUGAGGCUGAGAGCAAGGUGACUGCAACUACGAUCUCGACAUCUCCUGGCGGAAAGGGAGGAGGUCGUUGGCUCUACGUCUCGCACGAUCCUGUUCACAGUCUGCAGCAUGACAACGGACACAGUGACGCCCUGGACGAGUCUGCCAACUCAGCAGGAACGUUUACCCAGCUUUUCAAUCUAUCCCCCAUGUCAGACAAGUCUCAACCCACUAGCUCAAGCACCGCUGCAUCGAGUCCUCGUCUUAUUCAUCUCUCAUUCUCUCCUCUCAUCCUGCACAUCCACUGCGCAACGCUCCGACACGCGCGUCCUCUACUAGCCGCCGCCAUCAACGCUGGCUUUCGUGAAAGCGGAGUACAAAGCCUCCGGAUUCUAGACGACCCAGAGCGCGGAGUGAUGGUCGCGGUACGUACGGCAGGCUUAUCAUUCGAAACUACCGUAGGUGUUGUUGGCCAUGAUGCGGAGCACGAAGUCAUGCAGAGCGUUGUGAGUGAAGACUACCUUGCGAUGUGUGUCAACGUGGUCAAUGAGCGGUUCGGAUGGAAUGGCGAGCGGCGUGAGAGGUUCAGGACGGAAUUACGGCGGGCGAUGGGCCGCGGAGGGUUUGGACAGCCCCAGGACGAAUGGGAGGACAAAGAAGCAAGAAGAGCACGGAAGAGACAAGAGGGCCUGGCAAGACAGAAGAGGGAGACUGGCGCAGUGGCAGCGACUGGCGCUGGCGAUAAGGCAGGGAACGGUGACGAUCUCGGUGACGGAUUGGGAGCCCUUGGUAUCGAUUGAAUGGAUGUUCUUUACACGCUCGCACUAAACAGGCUCGCUGACAUUGGUCGUGAGACUUGUCUCCGAUCACCCGGCCAGGCUUUCGAAGAACAACGACAGACUUUGACCGUUUAAAACUGGUACCAGAGCAUUCUGGAGACGGCCAUCAAGCCUGUACCUUUCUGCUCGAAUGGGUCAAACAAGU